AUGGCUUCCCUCGAUUCAUCUCACAUGAUCAUUGGACUCAUCCUGCUCUUCUUCUUCACGCGACCUGCCCUAGCCUUCGGUGCUGGUAACAUUGCCAGCAUCUCCUCAGUGGAAGGCCAGAACUGGCGUCACGGCGAUAUCGAGGAUGCCCUUCUCAAGAUCGCUCUCGCCCGCGUGGCUGGCGGCAAGAAGUUCAGCAAGCUCGAUGUCCUCCGUGUUUACUUCGGAAAUUGGCUUCGGGAUUACAGUCAGGCCAUCGAUGUUGGAACCGUUAAGAAUGUUUCUGCCGAGGCUGUGAGGCUCCUGCUGUGCAUCUUGGGCUUCCUCACUUUUGGUUAUGGCUCCCGCGAGUUUGAGGUUACCGCCGACCGCUUGGGCUGCUACCGACCUGAGGACCACAUUGAUAACCCAAAGAACUAUGCCGACAAUAUUGACGCUCGCCAGUACGAUGAGAGACUGCGUGGCCCUGUAGAUGAGGGUACUGAACUUGCAGUUGAUGAGCAGACUGGUCUCAAGAAUUACAUUGCCAACGAGAACGCAGGCAUCAUGACCAGCGCGCAACACGUCAGGAGCCUUUUCACCCGUUGCAUUGAGCUCGGACGGUCUUACGGAAGAAACCGAAACAAGAGUGACUUUUACGAAGCCCUCAGGCUAUUGGGUACUGGUCUUCAUUGCUUGGAGGACUACUUUGCGCACAGCAACUACACAGAGCUUGCUCUGAUCGAGAUGGGAGAGCAUGAUGUAUUUCCUCAUGUUGGCCGCGAUACCAUGAUACGUAUCCCGGGCGCACGCCAUGAAGUCUACCCUGUUGUCACUGGAACUUUCGGUGGUGUUGACUUUCUUCACUCCGUAACUGGAGAAGUAUCGGACAAGUUGACCCAAAAUGAGCUCCAGCAGCUGGAGAAUACACUGGAGAACGAGCAGAGGAACGACACUAGCAAGCUUCGAGACCUCCUUGACAAGAUCCCAGAUGGCCUGAUUGGCGGUGACAAGAAGUCAAAGCUGAACGAAAUUGAGGAAAACAACAAUGCAGCGCAGAUGGACCAGAUACGUGUCUCGCCCAGGGAGCCGGAGGAGUUCACCCGCCAGAUUCAACAGGUGUUCGGACAGAUAAUGCCUGUCAUUGAGUUCCAUGAUGAGCUCCUCAAGACCAUCUCGGAGAAACUUGACAAGAUUCCCAUACUGCCUAAGAUCCUGGAACAGCUAGAGGAGCAGUUGUCGAUGUUUGUUUUCACACAGAUUGCGCCCUUCAUUCUGCCAGUCAUUCGCCAGAUCAAGAAUGAACUCAUGACGGGCUCUUCGGAAAUCAUUGAGAGCAGCAAAAAUGAGCAGCAUAUUGUAUUUGAGGACGAUCGCUGCACCGAUCCCACGCACUCAAUGCUUUCCAAGGAUCAUUUCACGAACAUCCUCAACGAGGUUGCGGGACAAACUGCCAGUAAAGUUGUUGGUUGGGUUGUUCCACAGCUGAUGGAGGCGUGGGAUGACGAUAACAUGGACAUUGACCGUCUCCUCAACCGGAUCAUCUAUGGUGUUCUGCACCACCCAGCUCAACGUGAAAUGGGUGAUGAUGGCGCCGAGGAAGGCCGUCGACUGAUUUUUCAGUCAAUCGAAGAGUGGUGGAACCACAUGAGCGAGGAUGCCAAGGAUGACUACCGGCGGAAAUUGUCACGCGACGGCGUUGAGAACGGCCAGAACCACAAGGAGGGAAAUGAUACAGGCCAUGGCUGUUGCAAGCCUUUAGGCAUGCACAAGAACUUCAAAGAAGGUGGCACUAUGGAGGAUCGCAUUGCUGGUGCUGCUGCCGGCGCCAUCCUUGGCGGUUUGACCAGUGGCAUUUCUGACUUAGUUUCGCAGGCCUCAGGUGGCCAGGUCAACCUCCCACAGUACGAGAACAAGACGAGCUUCUCAGAUGCCUUUAGCGGUGGUGGUCGUGAAGAGUCUGGUAGCAGCGGCGGCGGGCUCCAAGGCAUGAUCGGCAAUAUCAUCGGCAGUGCUUUCAAGAAUGAGGACACGGAGUCCUUCUCGAGCCGGCGCGAGGAUCAUGAUGGAGGUCACAGCCAGUCCUUCUCACAGUACGGACGUUCCGACUCGGGCAAUAGGUACGGUCAAGCGGAAUACAGGGAGACGGAGUAUGACGACGGUAGCAGGCGUAGCGAGUACCGCAGGUACGAGCAAGACGAAGACGGCGGCUCGUCCAGAUAUGAACGUCGAACCGAGACACACUACGAGAGUAGCCAACAGAGCUGGAGGCAAGAGGAUGAUGACCGACGGAGUGGAUGGUAA